UUAGCAUUUUAUGUCCGUUUGCAUAGCAUUUAAUUUGAAAACCGGCAGGCGAUAUGAAAACUCUGUCUCAACAAGCGUAUUACGAGAAAUAUUUAUUAAAACGUGCAGUCUGUCAUUUAGGAAAAAAAGAGUAGAGGAAAACUGAAUUAUGUGACUACCGAGUGUACAGAGAGCCGCUGGGCCGCAACGGAAUAUUAAGAUUCUGUUAAAUACUGUUCUGUGCUGCGUCUAGCACGUUUCUGCACAUAUAUAGGAAGAAACAUUUAAACGGGAGCGUUUAUUGGAAGCCGCGUUUUUGGCGUGUGUAUAGAAAAAGUGACUUCUCUUUCAAUUACUGGUGUUGAAAACAAAGUAUUUUUUCACUGAGAAAUGUACCUUUGCAGCAGAUGGUUACAGACAAUUAAGAUGACAAUGUGUAAACAAUACGUAAGGCAAAUCGAAUAAAAAAUGAAGGCUAAAUCCCCAACAAAAUGUAUACAGACCCCUGUAUUCCAGCCGUUGGAAGUAUGAGCUUAAUACUACAGCUUUUAAAUUCAGUCAUGCCUUCACAUUCUCGUAUUUUCAACCAUUUUGAAUGGGCCCAAGACCAGGUGACAACUCUUGGCAACUUCAAGAUGAAGUGUAAGCACUGCAGUAGAGAGGUGUCAGGCUCAUACAAGGCAACCUCCAAUUUCUUCACACACAUGAAGAGACAUCAUGCAGAUAUUCACCAGGUACUGAAGGAGCCUCUUCUUGCAGAAACAACUAAGGUGAAGCCAACUGUCCAUCGUUAUGUGAAUCCUCAGCAAGCUGCGUGGAAACCAACUGAUCCUCGGCAGCAAGUACUUACAGAUAGUCUGGUGAACUUCCUUACCCAUUCUCUACAGCCUUUAUCACGUGUGGAGGAUCCUUCUUUUAAAACAUUGCUAAAGUUAGCUCAACCUUCAUUUGUUCUUCCAACUCAGAAACAGCUGAGCUGUGUUCUUCUGCCUGCAAAGACAACAAGCCUUCAUGUUACAAUUAGUUCUCAGCUGGCAAAGAUUCAGGGUCUUUGUGUGACAGUGAGUAUAUGGUCUAGCAGAGAUACACCUUCUUUUCUUGGCAUUACUGGUCACUAUAUUCACAAUUUUAAAAUUAAGCAUGUCAUGCUUGCUUUUAAAAGAAUUGACAGUUCAACUAAUGCAGAAAGUAUUGUUUUGUUUUACCAGCAAGUGUUAUGUAGGUUUGGAAUAGAGGACAAAGUUGUAAUUGUUGUAGUUAAUCAUGCCUCCCGCAAAUUGAGUGUUACACUUCCUGGUUUGGAACAACAAUAUGCUUAUGAAAAUGACAAUAGUGCUGAAUUUGAUACAAAUGUUGAUCUCACUUACUUGCCUCAGAGCCUUAACUGCUUUUCUCACACGCUUCACCUGGUUGUGCAAGAUGGGUUAAAGCAUGCUGGAGAGAUGUCUGGAAUUAUCAGCAAAGCUAACGGUGUUGUCAAUUAUAUAAAUCAAUUGAGCUUAGAAUCUGCAAACUGUGAAGGAGAAAGUAAGGAGCAAAGUCCUGAUGCAGUUAGAUGGAAUAGCCAGUUGAAGAUGCUCAGAUCCAUCCUUAAGACGAAUCAGUCCGAUUUAGAACAGUUUGAUAUUCCUGAUAAACUCACCAUGUAUGAAUUAAAUAUUAUCAAAGAUAUUGUUGAAAUCCUUAGCCCUUUUGAGCUUGCUGCUGACCAAACUGAAAAAGACUCCCAAGUUACUGCUAGUUGCAUCCUACCUUGUAUACGUGGCCUUCGUGCCGAAAUGGAUGAAUUGUCAAACACCUACAAAUCCCAAAUGGUUUCAACACUUAAAGCCUCAAUUAACUGCCAUUUGACUAAAUAUGAAAAUGAAGAAGCCUUUACUCUGGCAGCUGCUCUGGAUCCACGUUGGAAACUUGACUGGUGUACUGUUGAAGAAGCCAGUAACAUUAAGCAAAUUUUGACCAACAAGGUUUCAGCUCUGGCCAUGACAAUUACAGAAACUUCAUCAGCAGAUGAGUUGUCUUCUCCUCCAAAAAAGCGUUCAAGUUUAUUCAGAUUUAUGGCAUCUGAUUCCCACCGACUUCAGUUUCCCACUGCCACUGCUACACUUUCUCAGGUUGAAAGCUAUUUCAGUCAGCCAAGUAUUCCAGAGGAUGCGGACCCGCUGGCAUUUUGGGAGCAACAUCAAGUGACACUUCCUCAGCUUGCUCAGCUGGCAUCCAUGUAUCUUCCAACUCCAGCUUCAUCUGCCCCAGUGGAUCGUUUAUUUUCAGUUGAUUGUAAAGCUUUUCAGCCUGAGAAAUAUUCUUUCUCAAAUGCAAUGUUCGAGGAACUUAUGUUUAUCAGAUGCAAUGGUCAAUUGAAUUGUUAAUUAAAAUUGUUACACCACGUGUGCACAUUGAUAAGGUGAAAACUGACAUAUGGAUAGACUGAUAUCCCAUCUCCUAAAGAGUGAAACAGUUCUUUCAUCUUAAUAAGCUGCAUAUUAUUAACAUAAUUAAACUCUGGCCAUGGUUAACACAGCCAGUCAUUUUUAUGUCAAUUACAUAUGAAUCUCUGACAAGAGUCAUAUUAUUUAUAUUUAUGUAAUUGACUGUCCUUUUUGGUGGUGGAAAUAAGCAGCUGGUCAAGUUUUAUUGGACAGUCUGCAUGAAGAAUUGAGAAGUGCUGAACUACUCGUGGUAUUUUUUUCUCUGUAGUAAUGAACUUUCUUUAUCAUCUAUAAUCAAUUAUCUGACUCGGUGGGGGCGAACAGGGUUUGAGGUGGGUGCCUGCUUGAGUUUUAUUGGGCAGUGAGUAUGCUACAAUUGGAGCUGCUUAAAAUAUGAAAUAAGGCUUUCUCCAGUUUUACUGUAUUUUUCUUUUGUUUUAUAUACAUCCUCGUGAUUUAUUGUCUCUGUUGCCUUUGGUCAUGUGUAGUGUUCAUUGGGAUGGUGGCUGCUUGAGUUUUAUUGAGCAGUAUCACUGCUCAGCUGUAAGACUGUCUGUGUCCAGUUUUUGUUUUAUUUUUCUUAAGAUUAUUAAUAUUCUUGAAUGUUCUGUGUCUGCAGUGAUUACCUACAGUAUGUGUUAAAUUUGGACAUAGUACAGCAUUUGAAGCUGUCAUGCAAUUUCUCUGAUGUAUGAAAUUUCUGUAGAGUAUUUACAGUAUUGCGUUAGAAAAUAAAUGCAUAAUUAGCAGUUUUUUUUGGAAAGUUCAAAAUAAACUAUUUUAUGAUAAAAAUAUGAAUCUGUACAAUAAAGUAAACUGUUCAGAUUUUAAAUUGAGAAUGGCAUACUGCAAUGGGUGAUGCUUCCCUCUCUUUCAAAUGCUCCUUUCCUGUUAGCAGACCUAUCUUUGUUGUCCAAAUCAGUUGUAGUUUUCUUUUAUGUUAUGAAAGUUCAUUUAUUAUCGAGUAAAAGCUGAUUGUGUGAGCAAAUAAAGUACUUGUGAAAUGAGCACAUUAUCACAGCCUUUAUAACACAGGCUAAUUUACUUUGACAGUUAUUAGAUCAGCUAUCUUAGUGGCUUAGAGGAUCACCUCUGAUGAAACAUAACAGUUAGCAAGGGGUUGUGCUGUGUUCAUGUCCCUUGGAAGAGAUGGCAAAUGUAAGUUUCUCAGAAGGCAAUUUCAUGCAAAACCCUUUAUAAAUUAUAGCUCCAAUUGGGAAAAUUUGGAUAAAACAGAGUUAUUCAAAUUAGGUUAGUUGUUAAUAACAUUUAUGUACCACUUCAUUCAGUAAUAAAAAAUAUGACGUGGCAAGCAUGUGACUUUCUCCAUAUUCAUAAAUUAGUACAGUAUGCAUUUACCAAAAUAUAUUCAAUGUGCAAUAUCAAUUAUUUAUUUUUCACAUUUAGGUCCACUUUAAAGGAAAAUCCAUUUGAAAAAUUGUUCUUUAAUAAAACUACAAAUCUGAAAUAUUCAGCCUUACGUUUUUAGGACUAAAUUGGAACUGUUUAAUUAAUGAAUCAAUUCAACCUUUACUGUGUGAGUUUAGGCUUAAUUCCUUUGCUCACAGUUUAUGUAAUCAAAGAUUUGAGAAGAGCAGAAAGAAUUGAAACCCCAUUGGCACCCCCAAAUAAUAAAGUAAAGGUGAAUAAGUUCAAAACUUGGAAUAGGAAAAGUUUUUUUUAAACAAAAACGUAAGCACCAACCACGCACAAAUAGACAUCACAUAAACCCUAAUUUCUAAGAAAUACAGAUUAGAUUGUAUCUGCUAUGACUACUGUGUGUGAAAUUUUGAACUUUAAUAGCUCAAAGCUUGAGCUUUGGGUUGAACUCAUAAUUCACAAAAGUCUUUCUAUCAGAGUUCUAAAUGUGUAUACCAAACUUUGAUCUUUUGAAUUUCAUAAGAUUGAGCCCAUUUGUUCUCAACUUACAAUGUCCAGAAAAAAAUUACCAUAGACACAGAUCUUUCCAGAAAUGGUCAAAGCACGUCCUAAGGAUUUAAAAACAUGAUUUUCUGUUGAAAACACAAAAUCAAUUUUUUUAAAGUAAAACAAUAGAAAUAUAAAAUGUGGAGAAAGAAAAAAGUUUAUGAGGUCAGCCAAAAAUCACAUUGUCUUGUCACAUUAUAUUUGGACUGAUGCAAUAAAUGCUUAAUGUAUGUA